UGUGCACUCAGUGCGCGUACCCGAGCGGUGUGUGGACACUUGAAGUCUCUAAGCAAUUAAUAAACGGAGGAAAUACACAAAACUGCUGAAACAACGGAACGAAGAGAACUGUAAACGAGAAUGUGAAUGUAUAUGGACCUAGCAUUCACAUGUCUGCACUUCAACGCAGCCCGCUAGAAUGUUCCUGAAGAAUGUCCCACCUGUCAUUGCUCUGCAUACAGAAUGGAGGUCUUAUCGGUCAGCUCAGACCUUUAGCCUGCCAGUGUGCUUUAAUGACUCUGACAGUGACAUAUCUUCCACUGGCACCCCAAUCCCAGAGAAGGUCCAGAUGAUCAUAGAAAGCCUGAGAAGCACCCAGUCCUCUCUCGAUACAAACAAUGACUACAGGGACAGUAUGCAGAUGAAUCAAGCCAGAACAAAGUGUUGUGAUGGGAAGACAAAGAAUGAAACUCACAAGGUGAAACAGAAAAUCACAAUGGUGGAUGCCAAGGCAGUGAAUGAAAGGUCAGAUGCUGCUGAAAUGGAGUCCUUGUUUCGGGACUCAGACAGCGAUGACUCGGUGGACAGAGGAAUAGAGGAAGCCAUUCAAGAAUAUUUAAAAGAGAGAAGUGAUCAUGGAGGAUCAUUGACAAAUAAUAGUGAACAGUGUCACAAAACACCCAGCAGAGGUGAUGUGGUCACCCUGGAACAGGCUCUGAAAAAAAACGAAAGCUCCCUCCAGUCUCUUAACACAGCACCAAAAGAACUGGAGUCAUUACACUAUUCACAGGAUGUGAAAGUGAAUGCCAGUAAGCGAUCAAGGUGUUCCUCUUCUUCCAGUGCAAGUAGUGAUGAUUCCUUUGACCAAAGCAUUCAGGAAGAAAUCAGACGCUUUUUAACUGAGAAGAAGGAAAAGACUGCAGUUGUUCCCAUUGCCAAAAAACCAAAGUUAAGUCGAAAAGAUCUGUCCCAUCGAAAAUCUAAAAGGAAGAUAGAAGCAGCCUCAGGCAAGUUACAGGUUUCAAAGCAGAUUCGAAAAGAUGCUCCUAGUUUUGACUCAGAAAAAAAGACUAAUGGCAAUAAAGUUUUAACUGCAAGCAAUCAUUUGCAACAAAUUGUAAAAUCCAGUCAGUCAAUGUCCACAGACAAAUGCAGAAGAAGGGAGAAAUCUCCAGGCAGUAAUCUUAAAAAAGCAACUGUCAGCAAACCAUUUGUGUCCAAAAAUCCUGCUCUCUUCCAAAUUAAGAAAGAAUGUGUUGGCUUCUGUCCAAAUCAACCCAGACCCCAGCAUCAUCGUUCUUCUGUGAAGGAGGAAAAUGAAACUGACUCCAGCAGUGAUGAUGGGAUUGAGGAGGCCAUUCUGCGCUAUCAGCUGGAGAAGCAAAAAGAGAAAUGUGAGAACUCCUUGAAAUUCUCAAGACCCUCAGAAACCAAACAGCCCCAUGUAAGUUUGGAGCCCUCUUCUGUUGCAGAUAUUCAGAUAGUUAAAAUCCAGAAGGGAUUAAGUAAGAAAAAGAAGAAACAAGAGAAACAAACUACUUUGCUUGUACCUAGCAGUUUAAACAAACUGGGCAGUCAUGAAAUCAAAGGAAAUGAUGUUGCUUCAACAUCAGGAAACGAUCCAGAUCCAAAUGUCAGAGGUCCUCUGACAGUGAAUACAACUGCAGAACUAAUGUGUGCAGAAGCCAUUUUAGAUAUUUCUAAAGCCGUCAUGCCACCAAACUUUGACCAUGUCAUUAAAUUCACAGAUCCCUGUGUCAACCCCACUUCUCUACCCCAGGAGAAUAUGCCUUAUUCCUCAGAGAAUAGUAAUAACAGCUCAGUGGACAGUGAUGAUGGCAUUGAACAGGAGAUCCGUAAAUUCCUGGAAAUGAAGGCACAAAUGAACAGACAAGAACCUGAUACUGGCAUCCUUACACAAAAGGAAAGUAGCAUGGCACCACAGCAGAAGAAAAAACUUGACUCUUCCCAGACCAUGAAGCAUAGGCUCUCCCUGACACAUAAAAGAAGACAAAAGGAAGAAGAGCUAAAUUUGUGUAAAGAUGUGCAUAGUGACCAUAGGUUGAAAGAAGAUCUGCCUCAAGUUCCUGUGAAGUUGUGUGUUAGAAAUGACAGUGCUAUGCCACUGGCAAUUAGCAGGGCUGGAGAGGUUUGUGAAAAAUCUGCUGUGCCUUUAAGUGAAGAAGUUGGUGUGAAUAAUGAAGAUCAAAAAUCUUACCCUGUUAACCAGAAGGAUGCCAAAGAUUCUGAAAACCAUGAAGGAAACUCCUUGCAUUCGUGCCAGACAAAAAAUGAAGUAUCCAAGGCUUCAUACUGGAUAGAAGGAAAAUUACAAGUUGGUGACAAGAGCAGCUCCUUAGAUAGUGACGAGGACCUAGAUGCAGCUACAAAAGAUUUGCUUAAAACAAAGAGGAAGGUGAAAAGGAAGAUGAGAGACUUGAAGUUGAAGUCUAAGAAAACUGUUCACUUUGGAGCAGUUCAACUGUGCUCUUUGGACCUUCCAGAAACAGAGAAGAAGAAAAACACCUUGUUACAGGAGUCAGCUGGUGCCAACCACAGGACUAAAAGUGGCAUAGCAAAAAGAAGCAGGAUAAUGCCUGCACACCAUACAGCUGAUAAAAAUGUAAAAUCAAAACUGAAAAGAAAUACUUCGAAGCAUCUUAACAGUGCAAAGAAGCAGAAAGCUUCCAGUCAAGCAGAGCAGAGCGAUGCAGCAAAAGGACACAGGGCUUUUGAAAAAACAUCUGACAGGAAAGGAAAGGUAGCAGCUGAGAUUGUUGAAGACAGCAGUUCAGUGGACAGUGAUGACAGCAUUGAGCAAGAGAUCAGGAGAUUUUUGGCUGAAAAGGCCAAAGUUUCUGUAGUGAGAUCAAGAGAGGAAGAGGUUAAAAAUGAAACCAAGGAGCUCAGUACCAGUACCUGCAUUUCUGUGUCAGUUAGGGAACCAAAGCUGGAGCCUCAGCAGGCUGAGUUUUCAGCUAACAGAGAACCCAAACGUGUGAGUCUCUUACAUUGCAGUGGACAAAACCAACAGGCGUGCAGAACAAAUGAAGAUGGCCAGAACAGCACUUUAGGUUUCCAGGGAUGUGUUAUACAGACUGUGGAUAAGGGACCACAAUCUCCAAAAACUGUGUUUAAUAGUUUUUUUUUGAAUCACCAGGCAGAUAAUGUUGCAGAAACCAAGCAAAUGCAUGAAGGAAAGAAAUCAUGCAGUGAGCAAAACAGGUUUCAUCCCUGCACAGCUGAGUGUGAAGCAAAUAGAGCUGACUUCCUCACCACAUCAGUGAUCUUAAGUGCAAAAACAAUAUCCAAACAUGCACAUAAGAACUCCACUUCACAAGCAGGCCAAGAGGCACUUAAAUCGGAGAGUAAAAAACCAUUCCAGAUCAAAGCAUUCACUACUAAUAUCAUCAAGAGGAUUCAACCACUGAAUGCAUCAGACAAUUCUAAUUCCUCUUGUUUUGGUCAACAAAGACAGGCAAGGCAGCUGAGUGAAACAAAGACUUAUGACGCUACAGAAGAUGCUUGUAACACUGUGCGUUUCUUGUCAGGACAUGAAAGCAAAGAAAAUGCACACACUGCCCUGGAAGUAAAAUUUGUAAACUCUUCUAACAGCUCUGCAGAGCACUCCAGUGGGGGAAAUUUGAGAUUCCCAGGAAUGGUUAGGCAGCUAGGUGAAGCCUGUACAUAUGAACAUGUGAGGGAGCCCAGCUGUGCCAGUUUGCCAUUUUCUUUUUCACAAGACAAUGGUCAUAACAAUAAAGACCGAAGCAUAGACACUGGGAGGUCCAUAAGUCAGGGCUGCAGUGUUCAGGCUGGAGAUAAAGGAUUUGAUCAGGAAGGAGCUGAACUCAGGAAAAAAAGGGGAGAAGAAAAUAAAAAGUUUGAGAUCAAAGAACAGACCACAGGUGAUAAGAAAGAUGACGACUUAGAAGAGACUUUCCUUAGUUCAGAUGAGGAAAGAAGUGCCAGUAAAAGGUCAGAUAUAAGUGAGGAUCAGCCUCGUUUGUUGCUGUCAUCUUCCAUUGAUCCAGGAUUGAUGAUAACUCCGUACAUUGUUUUGAAUUCAGCUGAAAGACUUCAGAAAUAUUCUGUUCCUAGGAGGCAGAUAUUGAGCCAAACCUGUCAGAUAGAGAAGAUAGAGAAAACCAGAAAUGUGCAAAAUAUCAUCCAGAACAAGCUCUCAAUUGAUGUUGGGAUGUUCUAUAAAAAGAAGAACAGACACUGGAAUGUAAAGCACAAAAAGAAGAAGAAGAAAAAGAAUAUCAAAAGGAAAUUACACUUUCACCCAAUUCUCAAGAAAAAGAAGAAAAACACUAAAAGGAGAUUUCAGUUUAACCCGAAUCACAAGGAGAAGCACACUGGGGAAGGAAGAAUGUUAUAGAUUUUGUUUAGCAUUAAUCAACCACACAUCAUUUUGAUUGUUUUAAUGAAACUGGUUUUAAUAAAUAACAGCAAUUGUUGUGCUGAACAUGGAGGAUACAAUUAAUAUACCUGGAUAAAAUAAAAGAUGGAUCUUAAUAAAAAGGAAAAAUAUUAGCACUAUUAGUUUGUUAGAAAAAGAAAUAUCAAAACUCCUAACUGGUCUGUUCCAUUACCUAUAGAAUCUUCUAAACCAACUAGCAUCACAUCUAAAGAACAAAAAAUUAACAACAAAUUCUUCAAUUGUGUAAGGUAUUCUGUCCCUGGUAGGGUAAUUGUCCAGAUAUGACUAAAAUCUUGAAUCAGUCAGCACAUAAAAAACAAAAGGCAAAGAAUUCCAGUUUACAUAUCCAAGUUUACUCCUCCCAGGCAUUUUCAUUUAAAAAGUUGAAAAACACCUGUUUACUUAGAAAAAAAUAUAUAAACAUUGUUUAUAUUUUGAAUAUGAAGUUGAACUUGCUCCUCAUCUUCAAAGGUUUUUUGUAUUUGUAAUCUCAGAUUCCAUUAGAGAAUUUAAUAGUCCCCAACAGUUGCUUGGGUUUCUAUUGUACUUGAAAUAACUGUUUUCUGAAAUCCUACCAAAAACUGCAAACUGCAGCAUAUGACAAAAUAGCAUAAUUAAGGGAUAUCAUAUAUAUUUUCAAAGGGUUUUGGAGUCAUGUUAAUUACUUCUGCCUUA